UCUUCUCAAGUAUUGAGAAAUUGCUCUCUCUCCUGCCUGUGGAUGUAGGUAAAACACAUUGUGUUCGUGAACUAUACAAAUUCGUGUGUUCUUUACUUUCUUGCAUUGUCAAUUUCUCAAUCCGUUCUAAUAACAAUAAUGGUCUUGAGGCCCACAUCUAUGUCUUCAAGGUCGAUUUCCUGGUUGUUUUGUGUCAUGAUUCACAGGAAACUAUGAUAGAACCAACUUCGUCCAUAUAUACGAUUUGAAUAAGAAGCAAGAGACUCGCGAUCAGACAUACACUACUUCUUGGUAAAGAAAUAAUAUUUUAGUUACUAACAUGCACACAUGAAAACUCAAUUUGUCCCAAUAACUCCGCGAGUUAUGAUGACAAGUUAAAAAAUUCUCAACUUAACUACAAGCUAGCAUGCGUGCAUGGGAUGCCAAUUACACACAGCUUCUUCACAAAAGUGACAAUAUGUAUAUAUAGUUAGAUUUCCUCUUCAUAUAACAAAAGUGCAAAUACAAUCGGGUUUUAUCAUUGAACAUUACAAUUUUUCUACAUUUAUAGAAACCUCAAACGAAAUCUCUCGACAAAAAUGAAAUUGCAAGUUAUAUCCGUGAUAUUAUACCAAGAUUACAAACACGUCUCAUAAUGACCUUUUCUCAUCAUCAAUCAAAACUUUUAUUAAUAAUGACCUUUUAUAUAUUAUAUUAUUUCUUUGUAUGAAUAUGAGACUGAAUCUCCCAAAGACUGUUAUCAGGCAUUUCAUCAAAUUCCAAAUAAUUUUGUUUAUGUUCUCCAUCCUGUCGUUGAUUGAGUAAUUAAUUAUUCCUCCUGGUUUUGGAUGGAUAAAACAAUAAAUAAGACAACAAUGGCUGGCUCUCCUGCCAUUUAUAUCUCCGUCUCUUGAGAGAGAGAGAGAGAGAGAGAGAGAGAGAGAGAGAGAGAGAGAGAGAGAGAGAGAGAGCAGCCAUAGCAAUUUAAGGUAGACGACUCCCUCGAUCUCCUCCUUCUUCAUCGCCACCGCCAUCGCCAUGCCUGCUCAAAUGGCGAAGCUUUGCAGGGACAAGGCAGUGAUAGUGAAAGUGUACGGAGAGAAGGCCACCAAGAGAAGAAAAAGCAACGCAUCCAUUUCUACUAAGGUCCACCACGUCGUCCACCAUCACCACCACCUUCACGUCCACCACACCGUCGACCGGAAAGCCCAUCUCCUUGACUUCUCCAGGCGCCUCCGCGAGUCCGCCGCUGCUCAUGCCAGCAGCAACGGUGUUGGUGGUGGUGGUAAGGCUGCCGGUCGAAUUGGAGACGAUGCUCCUCCUCCCAAGAGCCAGAAUGGUCGCGAUUCUCAGCAGCAGCAUCGUCGGCAGGGGUCCAAUGGUAUUCUUGCUGUGCGAGGAAGACCAAGCAAAGUUUCCGCAACCUCUUCUCAGAAAUUUCAGAAUUUCUUCAGGUCUAUUAUAGUUUCAGCUGGUGGGUGCAAAAAUAGCAGCAACAAGAGCAGGAAGAUUAAUGGUGCUAAAUCCAAUUCUUUUGCGUCUACCACUGCCAAUCCAGUGACAUCUAUCAUCAAUGGAAUCAAGAUGCAUAAUAGCAAGAGGAAGAAAAAGAGUUUCUUCGCAAAGUUGUUCGCGUCGCUUACGAGGCGAAAGUAACACACAAAAUGAAGGACUUUCAUAUACUUUGAGACUUUAUUGAAAUAUUUGAUAAUUCGUGGGAUUCUCUAUUAAAUAAUAGUGAUUGGAAAAAUUCUAGCCAUCACAAAGAUGUGAUUCACAAUGAGUAAUGUAUUAUUUCAUACAUAUUUCUUUUCUUAUUCUUAUGCAACAUUCGGAUAUGAACUUCGGACAUGUACUAUAUCAUUAGGCCAACUCAUAGAGAUCAACAUCAUACAUGCAACAUUGCAACGUGAUGAUUCCAUCCCUACCUUUUAUAUAGUUUGUUAAGUUUGCUUUGUUGCAUAGUUGAUAAUGCCCUCGAUUGAAAUCUUACGUGUGGCAUUCUAUGGUUCAUUAUUUCAAACCUCAAAGACUAAUAAUUUUAGAAAAACGUC